CGCAUUGUCAAACCACAGAUCUGUUAUUCAGAGCUCUCCUUCCAGAUCCUGAUCUGCAAUUCAAAACUUCAGAACUUUUGUUGUAUGAGUAUUAAUUGAAGAAUGAAGGCUUUAAUUCUCGUUGGAGGUUUCGGAACUCGAUUGAGGCCUCUUACCUUCAGCAUGCCAAAACCGCUUGUUGAUUUUGGAAACAAACCAAUGAUUUUGCAUCAGAUUGAAGCUCUGAAAGAUGCUGGAGUGACUGAAGUUGUAUUAGCUAUCAAUCACCAACAACCAGAGGUGAUGUUGAACUUUGUGAAGGAAUAUGAGAAGAAGCUAGACAUAAAAAUUACAUUUUCCCAGGAAACUGAACCCCUCGGAACAGCAGGGCCUCUCGCGCUGGCUCGGGAUAAGCUGGUCGAUGAAUCAGGCAAACCCUUUUUUGUACUUAACAGCGAUGUUAUCUGUGAAUAUCCAUUGCUUGAGAUGAUUGAAUUUCACAAAAUUCAUGGCGCUGAAGCUUCAAUCAUGGUGACCAAGGUUGAUGAUCCUUCUGAGUAUGGUGUGGUGGUUAUGGAGGAAACUACAUCGAGAGUUGAAAGUUUCGUAGAGAAACCGUUACAUUAUGUGGGGAACAAGAUUAACGCUGGGAUUUACCUCUUGAACCCAUCUGUUCUUGACAGGAUUGAGCUGAGACGGACGUCGAUAGAGAAAGAAAUAUUCCCUAAGAUAGCUUCAGAGAAGAAGCUUUACGCGAUGCUAUUGCCUGGUUUUUGGAUGGACAUUGGUCAACCAAAAGAUUACAUAACCGGGCAAAGAUUGUAUCUUGAUUCUCUAAGAAAGAAAUCUCUUCAGGAACUGGUCACAGGGGAUCAUAUAGUUGGGAAUGUUCUGGUGGAUGAGAGUGUGGUUAUAGGAGAAGGUUGUUUGAUCGGACCUGAUGUUGUGAUUGGUCCUGGAUGUGUGAUUGGUUCAGGUGUGAGAUUGUUUGGGUGUACUGUUAUGCGUGGUGUUCGGAUCAAGGAACAUGCCUGCAUCUCUAAUAGUAUUGUCGGAUGGGAUUCAACUGUCGGAAGAUGGGCUCGGGUUUUUAACAGAACGGUUCUUGGCAAAGAUGUUCAUGUUGCCGAUGCAGAGGUUUAUAGCAGCGGGACUGUUAUCUAA